UGGUUGAUUUUCCGUCCAUAUUCAUUUUCCCGGAAAUCUACAUCAAGAACUUUCCCAGAAAAUCCAUCUCAAUCAUUGAGUGCGGACUGUGGGAAUGGCUGCACCAGGACCAGGGUCAGUUCAGAAAGCAGAGGAAGAAUGGCGCGCUAUUCUCUCCCCUGAACAGUUUAGGAUUCUACGCGAGAAGGGGACAGAGCUAAAAUUCACUGGGGAAUAUGACAAGGUUUUUGAAGAAGGGGUUUACAAUUGUGCUGGUUGUGGAACACCGCUUUAUAAGUCAACUACCAAGUUCGACUCUGGAUGCGGUUGGCCUGCAUUCUAUGAGGGUCUGCCUGGAGCCAUAAACCGCUCUGUAAGCUUCUAACUUUCUAUUUCUAAG